AUGCCUCGCUACAUGUAUUCAGUAAUCAUCUGCGUAAUAUUAAGUUAUUGUCUAUUCAAUAUCGAUCGAGUUUCCAUUGGUGUAAAUUCUUUUAUAAAAUGUUUGAUCGAUCCGCAAGAGAAAAUCAUUUCAACCGACAAAAAUGCAGAUGUAUGUGCUGAUCAUCAAUAUAAAAUCCGAUUAAUUACCCGAAAUCCAACAAUUAUUUAUAUCGAAAAUUUCCUAACUGAAAAUGAAAUAAAGCAUUUAAUUGAAUUAGCACGCCCGUUAUUUCUACAGUCAAAAGUCCAUGAUCCACAUGGAGUUCGUGUGCAGAAUAACUAUCGAACGUCAUCGACCGCGGACCUUGAACGUGCUGAAACACCUGUUGUUAAGUGUAUCGAACAACGAUACGCUCAAUUUCAAGGGAAUAUCAAUGUGGAAUACAUUGAACCAUUACAAGUUGUUCAAUAUACAUCGGACCAAGAGUUUAAGCCACAUUUCGAUUGGUUUUCUUCUCCGGAGGUAUUGAAAGAUCACGGACAACGCGUCACAACCUUUUUUACUUAUCUCUAUUCGAAUUGUACACAUGGCGAAACUGAGUUCGUUCAUGUCCGCUUUGACAAAGCUUUACACAAGAAAUUCUGUGAUAUUCUGACUUGUGAUAAGAAAUCUUCUCAANUUGCUAUAUCAUUCUUCUUUUUGAUUUUAACUACCAUGUUGGAUUUCUAUCACUAUCGCGUAUGGUGGCACUACAGACCAAAUUUAAUCCUGAGGGACUUCAACAUGCCAUUGACACCGCUAUCGCCUAAACAUAAACGAUUUAUUCCUUAUACUCUAUUGGGUGAUAAUCGUACUAUGCGUUUUGGGGAUAAAGCUUGUUCGAAAGGUGCUCAAUGCAAAAACCGCGAUUUGGAACAUAUAUUCAUAUUUCAUUUCAAAAGUUACAAUCCACAGCCACGUUAUUUUGAUAUCGAACAAACAACGGCAGGAAAAAAUCUUUAUAUUGGAUUUCAUCAAACUGACCCGAAAUCAGCUAUGCUCAUUGCUCACUCUGACUUUCUCAUCAGUACUGCAUAUGAGAGUACAAUGAUAGGUCAUGGUGUUUACUUUGCUCGAUCAAGAGAUGGAACAGAAAAUAAAGCGAAUCGUAAGGGUGCUUUCAUAUGUGCUGAAGUUGAGAUGGGAAGAGUGCUAAGAUUAAAUCCAAACGAGAGAAAUUUGUAUCGUGGCAAAAAUGAUUGGUGGUCUACACACGAUACAAGUUAUUUCUGCAAUGCUGAUCCACGCUUAGACGAAUUUUGUGUUAAAAGUCCAUCACAGAUCUUAAGAUGGAUCAUGGUCAUUGAAAAUGGAUUUGAUUCGAAAGUUUUCUCCUAUGGACUAGAUAGAGAAUUUGAUGAUACAAAAUGUUUAUGUAUUUGA